AACUGUCUGACUGUUCCUGCAGGAUCAAGACAUGUCCACCAGAGGGAGCCCAUUCAAUAGGAGCGGUGCAAGGUACAAUGGUGUACAAUGUCCAGCUAUACAAUACUAUUUGUGAUCUGAUGGAGGAUCUGGAGAACAUUGAGGACAGAUUCAACGCAGCCAUUUCCAAACUGGAUUCAGAAAUUCUCCAAUUGAUUAAAAAAGAAAAGCCUCCUCCUGAUUCAGAAUAGACACAAGGAGCAGCUGAGGGCAACGGUCAAGAUGAUAAGGAUAAACGUGUAUCUCUGGAGACUUCCAGUGUGCUGGAAGACACACAGCAAAUGGAGACAAACAGCAAGUCUAUCACCGUUGGGUUGGCUGGUCAGCUGGAGGACGGCCACUCAAGCCUACCUGAUGUCUGCUUCAUCAAAGCCCCUCCAGAGAUCGCCGGAGUCCUGCAGUGCGAGGUGGCCAAUGACUUGAGCUUCAUGAUGGUGACCGGUUCUGAAGAGCUGGUCAGCAGAGUCAUCAGGCUUAAAGUUAAAGAGCAGGCCAAGUUUCGCUUCCCCCUGACGGUGGUGGUGCCGUACUGCAGCUCAUACAGUGGCAGCUACAGGCAUGUGGUGGUGAAGAUCGUGGACAGCAAGAGAAGAGCCAGCUACAUCACCCCAGUGACAAUUGAAGGCCCUUUCGAGGGACAGAGGGGUUCAUUUACAGAGGUGAAGGUUUACUCUCUUGGAUUGUUUGCUGUUGUGUCCUGUCUGAAAAGAGAACAUUACACAGUUCCCAGGAGAGGACUGUCGUAUAAACUGCCUGUGGAUCCUCGCAUCUGCCUCAACUACCUCCCAGAGACCUUCACGGCUCCGGUGCUGGCUCAGGCGGUGAUUCAGCCCAUAGAUGCUGUUCUGCUUGCUGCUGUCAAGUCAAGAUGUGAAGCCUAUCACUGGGUGGUGUCCACUAGCCCCCUGCUGUACCUCACCCACCCGUCCUCACAGCCACUGCGGAGACCCUUCAGCAUCACUCUGCCGUGUCCACCCAACCCCAACAGGAAGAGAAGCAAGAUCGAGCAGAGGGAAGCUCUGGUGCAUCACCAUUACCAAGCUGCAAGUGCUUCUCUAGUUUGGGACGAUCCAUUGUCCCCCCGAGUGAGAAUUCUGGUCCCUUCAAAAGAGAACAGAGAACAGCUGAAGGUCGUUGCCUCAACUGAUGGCCAGUGGAGCGUUUUGGAAAAUGUGGUCAUCAGGAACCAGCAGAACGGACUAGUGUCUUUGGAACUGAACGAGAGCUUUGAGAGUCUGCUCGUGGCUCGCCUUAUGUCGGACGCGCAGCCAUGCCAUCUCACCUGUCUGGCUGAGCAGCUGCAGGAGCACUUCAGUCACCACAGCGUCGUCAUUGCCCUCCUUAGGCGAGACAGUGAGCCACACAGUGUUCUCCUGGCAGCCGUGCCAGCCAGAGACCUCAGCUGGGAGCUCACCAAACUGCAGGCACAGGGAUACAGUCGCCAUGCGGAGACCUCGUCUGAGAUCUGGAUGAGGGAGGGAGAUCAGCUUCUGAUCCGACUGGGUGGGAAUAUAACCACUUCAGUGCCAGUGACUGACCAAAACGGCAUGCUCGAUGAGCGACUCACCUUCCACAGUCAACAGAAGAAUCACCUGACCAUACGUCUAACUGAAAUGGACCCUUUUGGUAACCACAGCUCGCCCCACUACAAGGGCACCGCCAUCUUUUAUAAGAUUGACAGGGAGCAAGUGAAGUGGCUGGAGGACAAACUUCUGCCGUUGGAACUGAGUCUCCUGGGAGAUCCCGUCUGCAAGCUCUCUCUGACUUUGCCCAAGAAAGUGAGAGCAAUUAAACGACCGACCACAGCAAGACUGAAGUUAUAUGAGGAGACUGAUGCCCUGCCUGACCCCUUGCUUCUGUGGCUGUCAUCAGAGCUUUCACUAGAAGAACUUCCAAGACUUGCGCGCGCUCUCCGUCUCCGUCGAAGCACCGCACAGCUGGUGAAGCUACAAACAGGAGGGAAUAUAUCUUCUCAGGCCUUUCACCUCCUGGCCAAGUGGAGAAAAGAGCAGCCUGCUUCUCCCCAACAACCCAAGAUCGCUAUACUUGCCCAAUGCCUGACCAAGAGUGGUCGGCCUGAUCUGGCCAGAGAACUGCUUCAACUGCAAAGUUCAGCUUCAAAAUGAAAGUCUUUGCCUUGAAUUGGUGUAAAGUUCAACUGCAGCCACGAGAGGUCAGCAUUUUACAAGGGAACUUAAUUUAUCUGCUUGAAGUUUGACAUGUUGAAUGGCAGAAGGAAGUCCAUAUUGUGGAGCAUUCUGACAAUCAAUAUCAUCUUCAAGAGGCUGUUACCGUAGCAACUCAGGUUUAUUUUAAAGUCCGACAUUUAUUCCUGACAGCCUUCACUACAUUCUGUCGCCUCACGCUCAAAGGCAGGCAGGUGAUUUACGA